GGCCUACAUGCAGGGCUGAAAUCUCUUUGCUCCAGUGUGAAUGAGACCCCCUUGGAAGUGAGACCGUUUGGGAGAGAAAGGAAAGCACUAAAACAGCGGACUCUGAAGGUUGGGCGCAGCUCCAGCGCCGCCCCCGUCGUCGUCCAGUAUGGCGCAGUCACGUGGCGUCUCGCCACUGACCCUGUUGGUGGCAGCGACAGCAGUUCUCUGCUCGUUAUUCUUGGUGAUAGUUGACGGUCAAACGCCGACAUACGGAUUCUUUGUGGAGAGGUCUGUAUCCUCACGGUAUCGCAAUGCAAGGAGAUGGUUCGAAGCUGGCAGAGACUCUUCUUGGAGGACAUCAGGCGGCCCUGGCGGAAAAUAUGGAUUGUUCUUUGCCCAGCCAUCGGGUGCUUUUGACCGUGGCAGAUACACGGCCCCAAAGUCCGGAAUCUACUUCGUUUCUUCCAUGCUACGUUGGGACUCAAUCUCCGGAACUCAGGACAACCGUAUCGCCGUCAACGGACAAUAUUCGACGGGACUUAGCGCGUACGAGACAACGAGCUACAAUUACAACUCCAUGACCAUCACCGGUGCAAUCUACUUGAACGCAGGCGACUACAUCUCUCUGUGGAUGUAUUCAACUGAUAGCGACUACUAUCUUCAGGGAGAAUCCGGCUUCAGUGCUUACUACUUGGGAACACUGUACAGCAGAUUUGGAUUCUCUGGACAAGUCAGGGCAAGCAGAUAUAUUACCAGCACUGGCAAUCAGCGCCUGGCAACAACAAGCAGUCGCUUCAGCUUCAGCUCAUCUUAUGCCUGGCUGAAUGCACCGGGAAAGAUGUUUGACGCAGCAAAUGCACGACUUUACGCCCCGUGUGAUGGCAUCUACUUUGCUGCGGCCAACGUACGCCUGCUUCUGUCAAGCACCAGCCGAAGCAGGGGCAGUUACUACCGUUUAAUGAUACUGCCCAAUGGGGUAUGGGAUAUCAACAACGGGCUACACUCCAUUCAGGAUUACCGCCGUAAUGGCUACAGCUUCUCCAUUCACGCCUCUGGAAACUUAUAUCUCAAGAAGGGCCAGUACUUGGAAGUAUUAGUGCAUUCAUCCAGCGAUAACCGCUGGAGGAUUGGUUCGGAGUCAACCUUAUCCGUUAUCUAUUUGACGCAAUACUCUGCCUACGCGAGCGGCUUCUUGGCUGAUUUGGCCAAUAGCCCUAGCAUGGGAUCCAGCUUCAUUCAUUUGAACAGUUGGAGGACGAGCGCUCUUGGCGCGUAUCAGCUGAACUCCUACCGCGCGUUCAGCAGCGGCACAUUCUACGCUAGCGAUGACGGCUACUAUCUCAUCAGUGCUAACCUACGUAUUGAUGGGCGUGAUUCCAGCAGCUACCAGCGAGCUGUGGUUGCUGUGAAUGGAAAGGUCGACGUCAACAACGGCAUGCAAAGCAUCCGCGGCUACUACUACACCGCAAGAUACUUUACGUUGCACAUAUCAGCUGUUCUGUACCUUGCGAGAGGCGACACUGUCCGGCUGUACACGCAGUCAGUCGGCGACACGAGCUACGUUCAAAGCGAGAGCGGAUUCAGCGUCGCUCUGGUGGGGCCGGCACUGCCCUCGCUUGGUUUCCAUGCCGAUAUCAAUACGAUGAGCAAUCUGAAGCCAGGCUGGGCGGAGAUCAAGAACUACCUAACCAACUAUGGUUACACAACUGGAUUGUACAAAGCCGAUAGUGGUCUGUCCAACAGUAAAGGACAGUACACCAUACAAGUGGCUGGUGUCUAUUACGUGGCCGCUAACGUACGUAUCGACUCGGCCACCGUCAACGAGACGCGAGUGAUGAUCGCCAAGAACGGUAGAACCAGUCAUUCGCGUGGUCUCAGUGCCAUGGAGACUGCUUCAGGCGCCCAGUGGGCUGGGACGGUCUCCGUCUCGGGCUUCAUGUACCUGGACCAGGGUGACUAUGUGUCGACGUUUGCGUAUUCUCCCGACGCAUCUUGGACGAUAUCUUCUCUGAGCUCGAUGUCAGUGCAGCGCAUUGGCAGUCCCGGCCCGACUGAAGCAUUCUUGGUAGGGCUGUCAGCCACUAUCCCGGUCGUUGCCAACAAGUAUACACCUGUAGCAGGCUUCAGCACGGCCGGCGGAGCUGACUAUGGCCUCUUCCAAACGACUUAUUCAUUCUCCCCGUCGACCGGAAUCUUCACCGCCUCAGAGGCUGGCUACUAUUUCUUCACAGCUCAAGUGCGCUUUGACAAAGCAGUAGCUUCCACCACCUAUCGUCUUGUCGUGGGCAGGGUGGGGCCAUCGCCCAAUGGUGGAGGGUUGCGUAUCAGUCGGGAUUUGACCGCUACCUACAAACCAGCUUCAUUCACCGAAGCAGUCAGUGGAACGCUGUACAUGACGGCCAACAGCAAAGUGGGUCUGUGGGUGUACGCCACCAAGCCCGGGUCUGUUAUUAGCACCGACACUACUUUCUCAGGCAGCUACAUUGGUAUUCCCACUGUCGCUACGCCAGGUUUCCAGGCCAGCGUCAAGACUACGCAGAGAAUGGGCACCAAGUCCCGUGCACUGUCGGUUACUCCCACGUACUCUGCCACCCUGGGAUCCUUUGUCUCCAAUAUGAAGUUUUCCAGCGGCUACUACACUGUGCCAUAUAAGGGAACCUACCUGAUCUCGGCCAAUGUGAAGCUGUCUGGUCUCAAUGUGAAAACCUAUUACCAGACUCAGCUGUUUAUCAACAAUGCGGACAAUGGCAACAAUGGACUGUACAGCAACUUCCAGGCACCGUCUACGACCUACAGUGUGACGUUAGUCGGCACGGCUCUACUGUCUAAGGGCCAGACGCUUUCCUUCUACACCAAGUCUUCAGACAGUAGCUACCAGCUCCUGACAGAGUCGACGUUCAGUGCCAUCCUCGUCACCAACACACCGUACCAGCCAACAUCCUACCUUGCUGACCUAUUGACCAAUGCCAACAUACGAUCAACGAGCUGGCAAGUUGUACGCAAUCUGCUCUAUAGUGCCAACAGAUACGAGAUCCAGCGCGGCAUGCACAACACGGGCCUUGGUCUGAUCAACAGUGGUACCGGCCUGUAUACUGUCAAACAAGAAGGAUACUACUUCAUCACGACAACCUUGACCUUUGAUGGACUUGGCGGUAGCGGUCUCUACGUGUGCAUUUCAAUUAACGGCGCAACCAACUAUGAAGCUGGUGGAUGCUCAUACUACAGCUCUCCGCUUGGAUCCAGCCAGUCCGUUCACCUUUCCACCAUCAGAUACCUGACCGUAGGCAAGACCAUUUCGGUCCGCUACAGGUCGCUCAGCGACGCCACGUUCACGGUGAACUCUGUUUCGUCGCUCGGCGCCAUACACCUGGGCCAGCAGCGACCAUCGUUCACUGCUGAUCUCUCAGCAUCCAUCCCAGUGAAGGCCGCAGGUGUGACACUACCCGGAAAGUGGAGAGUUGCGGGAACCGACUUGUACAAUCGGGGAAGCAAUGUCUUCUCCACCACAACAGGCUUAUUCAGGGCCAAGUAUGACGGUCUCUAUAUGUUCACUGCCAAUAUCCGAUUGGAUGGUGCCGGAAGCGGUCCCAUUGAGGCCAAGUUUAUUGUGAACAUGCAGCAGGACCUUCAGUAUCCUAUAUCUUACGUGAAAAGCGGUGCUGUUGGUAAAUCCAGUGGACACAUACCUCUAACUGGUAUCCUACCUCUCAAGUUGGGAGACACCGUGAACCUAGCCAUCAAUGCUAUCUCAGAUACGUCAUACACAAUCAAUUCUCAGACGGGCAUGAGUAUGGUCUAUGUCAUUCACCCUUCUGCCGCGCAAGGAUUCAUUGCACAGCCAAGCGGCUCCGUGAGGUACAGUAGCGGCUACCGCACUCUAUCAUCCAAAUGGUCCACUAGCGGCGCCUACUCCUUCACAAGUGGUCAUUUCGACGAGUCUAUUGGGCGUUUCUACACAACAACAGCCGGUUUGUUCUAUGUGAUGUUCAACAUACGUCUUUCGGGAUUAUCUUCUGGUUCCUGGAUAAGUGCUUCGGUAAUGGUAGACGGAUGCGUUCCGGGAACUAGUAGCGCUUGUCCCAAUGGGCUUCAUUCUAAGAUGUCGGCUGUUCAAGAUCCCAGCCAGCCAAACACGCUCACAGCAGCUGGAGUGAUGUUACUCGAUGCUUUCACGAGUCUACAGAUCCGCGUUUACUGCUCAAAGACGUGCGAGGUCCUUAAGGAGAGCUCCUGGACCGUGUUCUUUGCCGGCACCGAUUCUAACCCCGAGUGCAGCAGCGGGGGACCAGUAUUCACGUCCCAGCCCCAGGACACAUACGUGCAGUCUGGCCAGAGCUUCACGCUGAACUGCAUGGCCCACAGCGCUCCGGACCGUGCUACACUUCAGUGGACCCGUGGCGGGACGAUAAUUCCUGGUGAGACGUCACCCAGCCUAACACUGACUGCAACCACCCUCGAUAACACAUGGUUCACUUGUUCAGCUGUAGUCAGUUCCUCGCAGAAGGCCUCUUCGCGCAGCGCACAGGUGCGGGUGAUUGGCCACGAUGGUGAGGAGCCUGGAUUCACAGCGACAGGCGGCACUAAAUCGUACAACAAGGGAUUCCAAACCCUGCGCGGCUGGGUCCCCUCUGUCUCUCCGGAUACGUUUCAGGCCGAAAACGGUGUGUACUAUCCGCCUGUUGAUGGAAUAUACAUCGUUACCGGCAGUGUCUAUGUAGCAUCGAUGAGUGCAUCGUAUGCAGAAGCAUUCAUCUCUGUGUCUGGCUCAUCAACAUCUAAUAAUGUUCCGGUUGCCACUCUUCCCUUCACCAAGUUCAGCUCUCGCACACUAAGCUUCAGCGGUGCUAUGUACUUAGUGACUGGUAGGCCCAUAAGCAUCCGUGUCUAUAACCCAACGGAUACAUCCUGGAGCACCUCGGCUUAUACGACGUUCAGUGCUCGCUUCGUUGGUUCUGCUGACGAGGUACCAGGAGUCUACGCAGUCUCGAACCGCCGUUCGCCGACCUACGCAAAAGGCUGGACGGAACUGAAGGCGUAUUAUCAGCCGGCGUACUUGGACAAAAGCUGGAUCUCUGGCCAAGGCUUUAAGGCCUCGACUGGCAGGUACACGGCCAGCUGUGACGGAGUAUAUUAUGCCAGUAGCAACGUCAGGAUAAUAAAAUCCGGCAGUGGAUACCUCAGACUGGUUCUGGCCGUCAACACUGGAGGUGGAAUCGACGAUCUGUCUGGUGACGCACCGCCAAGCGUCAAGAUGUCACUGAACGCCGCUGGAACGUUCUCCUUGAAGAAGGGCCAGUACAUCUCUGUGCGUAUGUAUUGUGACAGAUGCUCAUCAUGGUACUCGGAUGCUGCGGAUCUUUCGGUUGUGUACGUUGGCCCAACCACUCCAUCGCUGCCCGGAUUCCGAGCACAGAAGUCGGCCACUGUCAAACGUGGUACUGGGUGGUACACGGUAUCCGGUUGGAGCACGGUUAACCCUGCCACCGGACUGUACAAUAUGGUAGGUGGAUCAUUCAACGCAGGAAAUGGCAUAUUUACAGCAAGCGUUGCAGGCACGUACUUCGUUUCCGCCAAUGUCCGUGUAGACGGCAACUGCGCUGGAUAUACACGUCUUCUCAUUGAUGUCAACAACAAGAGAGGCACUAGUGGACCUCAGAACUAUUACACCGCUGGAGGUCAAUGCAAAUACAACACAAUGAAGGCGUAUGGAUUUGUCAACCUUGUGGCUGGUAACACUGUCAGACUGAACAUGUACGCCAAUUCUGAUACAUCCUGGACUAUUCACACGGAAAGCUACUUCAGCGUGCAGCUCUUUGACCGCAUCAACCCUGGUACGCAUGCUGAUCUGGCUGCGUCGCCGGCAGUUGUACGUACGGGAUGGACGGAAGUGACGCAGUGGUCGGCGACACCAAGCACCAACAAUGGACUGUACAACAGCGGCACCCAGUUCGACCCAAAGACGGGCCGCUUCACUGCCACCUCGGAUGGAAUUUACUUUGCAUCCGCGCUGAUUCGCCUGGAUUCUGGCAAUUCGGGCUAUUUCCGCAUGCUCCUCUCAGUGAACAACAAGGCGCACUUGAACCCCGGUAUCUCCGACAGGGAUAGCUACUGGACGUCAGGCAACCUGUAUUUCACUCUCUCCGCCACCGGAUUCAUCAACUUACGUGCCGGCGACGUCGUAUCCGUGUUCUUGUACAGCCAGACGGAUAAGUCGUAUCGCAUCUACACCGAGAGUGGAUUCAGCGUCAACUUUGUCGGUCACUAUGCGGACGUACCCGGAUUCCUUGCAGACUUCAAUCCAGCACGGACCGUCAGCGUAGCAGCCAACCAGGCUGUGGAACUGACCACAUUCACCACGGACUCAUUAUCUGUAAAUGGGUUCUUUGAAAGUGGCGGAAAGGUACUCACAAAUGGUCGAUUUGUUGCACCUGUCGACGGAACAUAUUUCGGCGCUGCAAACAUUUACAUCACCCCGAGCAGCGCCACGUCCACUGGUAUCUUUGUACAUCUGGCAUUGAAUAAUCAAUACGCUAACACCUCUCUUACAUACCAAGCAAGGCGAAGUCUUCCUGGGACGGGAACGUUUGCCCUCUCUGUGAGUGGCUCCUUCCAGAUGAAGCAGGGUGAAGUCAUCUCGGUGUACGUGGGCGCUGCGUUUACAACUAAAUUCACCGUGGGCACAGAGAGUGUAUUCUCUGCGGCUCUGAUCGGUUCCAUGGGUCUUGCUGGCCUGGCCACGGCACAGAGCGUCGCAAAGUCCACAACCAGGAGUGGAGUGUGGUAUCUCUCGGGUUACACGGACCUCUACAACUACAUUUCCAGCGGCGCUGCGUCGGGCAGCUAUGUGAUGCCGCAGAGUGGCUGGUACUAUCUUGCGUUCAACACUAUCGUGAAGAGCAACGCGUCUCCGUACGUGCGGAGCGGUAUCAGCAUCGAUCGCAGAGCAGACUAUCACAAUGGCAUGCAUGCGAUUCGCGGUUCACCGGCCAAUGCUGCAGUCACCCUCUCAGGAGCUGGGACUGCUCGCCUUCGCAAGGGCCAAUCCAUUCAGGUGUAUGUGUACAGUAGCAGUGACAAAUCCUACACUGCCCAGGCCAGUCUGUCCAUCUCUGCCAUCAGCAAUGCACAGAUCAUGCCUGCUACAACUGCAAGACGCUCUAGUCUCUCUAUCCUCCGAACUGGCUGGACCACUAUCACUGGUUACGGCACACCAAACGGAAAUACCUACUAUUUCACAUCCAGUCAGAAUGUGUUCAACACUGGCCAAGGCACGUUCGUGGCACCAUUCACUGGUGUGUAUGCUGCAUUCGGCAGUGGAGAUUUCUCAAGUGUCAGCACCGAUAUCUUCCGCCUAAUGGUGAGUGUCAACAGCCAGACAUCUAGUGACAGUGGCAUGGUCAGUACUCAUGCUACGCCGCAGACCUCCAGCUCAUUCACCCUACACGUCGGCGGCAGCCUCUACCUGAACGCCGGUGACACGGUUCAGCUGCAAGUCUACUCCAACACCGACAGCAGCUACAGGUUGAACUUCGCCCUUCUGUCGGUGGCGUUCGUGAGCUUUGCCAAUGCGGCGGUCGGUUUCAAUGCUGAUAUGACGAGCGACAUGCUCGUCUCCAAGACCGUGGGUAAAUAUGUCUACCCUGCCAGCUGGCAAACACUACCGGCUCUCAAUAGCAGUCACGGACUGUAUACCAGCGCUGGCACAAAGCUUGUCGGCGGUGUUUACACCGUCUCAGAGACAGGAAUCUACAUUGUCUCUGCCCAGGUGCGAUUGGACAAUGCUGAUGUGGGCAGUUUCACAAUCCAGUUCGUUCUGAACAACAAACCUACAACCAUAACAGGUCUAUCCGCCAUAAAGACGGGUUCCCGCCAUAAGAAUGCCUUCACGCAGAACUUGGCCGGUGCUGUACAACUUGCUAAGGGAUCAACGUUACGAAUUGCUGUCAACGCCGACAAGGAUACGUCAUUCACAAUUUCCAGCAGUUCGGGCAUGUCAGCAACAUUAGUAGCUAGGCUCGGAACGGUGGAAGCCGUGCAUGCUACGCUUGCUGCUGCUGUUAGCAUGACCAGAACAAACUGGCAGUCAAUCGGAGGAUGGACCACAAUGACUGGCGCUGAGCCUUACAUUGCUUCUAAAUAUUUUGAUUCAGUCAAGGGACAGUUUACAGUGCAGACAAAGGGUUACUACUAUGUAUCAUUGACACUGCGAGUGGACAGCAUCACCACAGGUCUGGUAUCGUCACGCAUCGUCAAGACCGGCCCGCUGGGAACCACCGGGUUCAUGGAUAUGCAACGCCUGGUCGUCUCCAGCAACUCCAUGGUCGUGUCCGGCAUUGUGCGCUUGACCAGGUACGACCGUGUGUACCCCCAGAUCUAUUCCAGUUCCGAUCGUUCCUACUCGGUCAACAAAGAGUCGUCGUUCAGUAUUGUCUUCCUCGGUGGUGGCCAGCCACAAAGAUGCCCGUUGCACGGAGUGCGCAUCACGCAGCAACCCGUGGUCAGGCAGAGUAUAGCCAUUGGUGAUCCGGCUGGAAUAUGGAUUGAUGCCGUGUCGGACUUGUCCCUCAGCUACCAAUGGUAUUUCAAUAACAAGGCUGUACCUCUAAUGACCAAGAGCUCUUUCAACCUCACAUCUGCUGGCUAUGCAAACAAUGGCGUCUACAAAUGUGUCGUCACUGAUGGCACAGUCUCGGAAACCUCCGCCAACAGCAUCAUUGAUGUGUACCAGACUACGCCACAAUGGAGUUCAAAGAACUACACACCUAGGAUCUACGAGAACGUUGGGAAAGGCACGCUCGUGGCAACAGUCUACGCCUGGGUGGAGAAUUCGGCACACCGAAGAUCGGCGGCUAGAUACACCAUUAGCGGAGGUGCCAACAAGGAUCACUUCAGCCUGGACGCCAACUCUGGCAGGCUGACUGUAGUAAAAUCACCUGACAGAGAGGCAAUUGCAUCCUACAGCUUGUCUCUGCUCGCCACUAACAAGGCAAAUGCUACCAAGACGGCUACGUCCAAGAUUUCUAUCACGAUUUUGGAUCGCAAUGACAACGCUCCAAUGUGCACCCGCUCCACUUACACAUACACGGUGGUGGAGAACAGCCCCAAAGGAACCCUGGUGGGAGCCAUUGCAGCCACUGACAAGGAUAUUGGAGUGAAUGCGCAAUAUCGCUUCAGAAUCUCCAACGGCAACCAAAAGGGAUACUUUGCACUUGAUUCUACGAACAGGAACAUUAUCGUUAACAAGCCUAUUGACAGGGAGACGGAUUCAUCUAUCUUGCUGACAUUCGUGGUCUCUAACGUAGUGUCUGGUCCGUCGUCGGGAUGUAAAAUGAGCAUCACAGUAAUUGAUGUCAACGACAACACGCCCAAGUUUGUGCGGCCCUCAUCACCCCUCUACCGGAUUAUGGAGUCCGAGGCAUCACCUGUUGGCACUGUCUUCGGCCAGGUGUCAGCUACUGAUGCAGAUCUGGGUAGUAAUGCUCAGGUGACUUACAGCCUUAGUAAUGUUGUACCAACGACAGCAGGCUUGUUCUCGAUCGCCUCCCGGACAGGAGCACUCUUCCUGUCGAAUACCCUGGACUACGACACCAUCAAGCAGUACAACUUCACUGUUACGGCGUCCGAUAUGGCAAGCUCUCCCAGAACGUCCAGUGUCCUGGUGCAGGUGGACGUGCAAGAUGCAAACGACAACCGGCCUGUCUUCACCCUGCAUAACUACUACGCGUCACUGGCAGAGAAUGGUGCAGCAGGUCUGUCGGUCGUGACUGUCCUGGCUACUGAUAAGGAUCCCAAUCCGAUGCGCUAUUCCCUGGCCAGAGGUGGUGAUGCUAGCGCCUUCGACAUCAACAUCACCACCGGAGUGAUCACCACGCAGCAGCCGCUAGAUCGAGAGUUCCGCGACCCGUACGUGUUCCAAGUGGUGGCGGUGGACGGGGCAGUUCCCGCGCAGACUGGCUCCGCCACAGUCAGUGUUGAUGUGAUCGAUGUCAACGACAAUACACCGCAGUUUGCUCACGCAACCUACACGUUCUCAAUCAGCGAGGCAGCCGCCUACGGCACCGCUCUGGGCCAGCUCCUUGCCACCGAUGCUGACGACGGCAGCAAUGGGCAAGUGAUGUACGCUCUGUCUUCCAGCACAGCGUUCACCAUUCAAAGCAGUACCGGCAUCCUGGAGUUGACUUCACAGCUGGACUUUGCUACACAGAAGUCCUUCUCGUUGACUGUGACGGCCACCGAUGGUGGCACUCCGGCUAAGUCGUCCUCAGCAAAGAUCAACGUGACGGUAACCGAUAGCAACACGUACCCGCCGGUCUUCACCGCCGUCACUUACACAGGCAGUGUUGCCGAGAACGCUGCAGUAGGCACUACCGUGGCAACCGUCAGUGCCACCGACCAAGACCCCGGUCCCGCCGGUCUUACUUACAGCCUCCUUUUCGGUGCACAAAGCACGUUUGCCAUUGGCAGCACCACAGGUGUCAUCACGUUGACCCGAGCGGUUGACUUCGAAGCGCAGCGUGGAUACGAGCUGGUUGUGCAUUGCCAGGACAGCUUCGGCAACGACUCCAUGAGCUCGGUGUCUUUCGUCGUGAUCCGAGUGAACGACACCGAUGACAAUGUGCCAGUGUUUAACCCGGCCGCAAUGGCACUGAUGAUCAAUGCGCAGGCCGGCCCUGGCGUGUGGCUGAUGAAUGUUUCCGCUACGGACGCCGACACCGGCACCUUUGGCACCGCAGGCAUCACAUACGCUGCGGCAGCGGGCAACAAGUACUUGAACGUAACGUCAGCCGGCAUCGUUACACUUGGAGCAAUGUUACCAGAGACUGGAACCGUCUCGGAGAAGAUCAACGCGCUCAGUUCGUCGGGAACCAGCCAAGCUAGUCUGACUGUUACCAUCACCACUGUACAACCGCAGAGCAACCCCAUCUUCACGCUGAGCCAGUAUGCCGUAUCCGUCUACGAGAACAUUGCACCUAUGAGCACCAUUCUGAAGCCGCGCGCCACCCUGCCGGGUGCUGAGGGUAGCGGUGAUCUGGUCUAUUCACUUGCCAGUGGAUCACCGAGCCAGUUCACAGUCGUCUCCACCACCGGCGAUCUGGUGGUGUCAGGUUCCCUGGACGCCGAGACCACCAAGACCUACACACUCACCGUUGUGGCUACGUACACUCCCGAAGGCGCAGUGUCCGCACUGGUCGGCAUGACUAAGGUGGUCGUAUCCGUUAUGGACUUCAACGACAAUGCCCCAGUGUUCACCACGACAUCUCGCAAUGCCGUGUUCUCCGUAACGCAGAGCGACCCGGCGGGUACACGACUUGGAAGAGUGAUGGCCACCGAUGCAGACGCAGGCAACAACGGCAAGGUAAUCUUCGGCAUGAUUUCAGGCGGCGACGGUGUUAUCCGCAUCGAUCCGUACACAGGAACACUGUACACCAGCGCAGUGCUGAACCCGCUGCAGCAAUCGCAGUACACUGUCGUGAUUAGCGCCAAGAACGAUGUUCUCUACCCACUAGUGUCCAAUGCCUCGGUCACUGUCAACGUAAUCGACAAGAACGAUCACAAGCCGACGUUUGUGCAGGCCACCUAUACGUAUCAUAUGGCGGAGAAUGCCAAGGUUCCCGUUGCCGUGGGAAUGGUGAGCGCGACGGACCGUGACACGGGCCUUAAGGGGACUGUUACCUACAGCUUUGUGGCACCGGCGCCGGCCGGAUUCAGUCUUAACUCUGCCACCGGUGCCUUGACGAUGACCGCGGCUCUGGAUAAAGAGACAACUGACCAUGUAGUGUUCUGGAUCCAGGCUACUGACGGAGCACCGAAACCGCUCUCCGACACUUGCACCGUCUAUGUGUACGUCGACGAUGUCAACGACAAUGUGCCGGUGUUCAGUCCGAAAACGUACACCACCACUGCGUCGGCAAACACGUCACCGGGGACGGGCAUUGUGGCUGUGCGCGCCACAGACGCCGAUCAAGGAGUCCUAGGCACGGCCGGCCUCACCUACUCCAUCCUGUCGGGCGAUCCACAGCAGAGAUUCACCAUGACAACGAGCGGCGUGAUUGAAGUUCUUCACCUUCUCUCACAGCUGACUACCACCAAGUACACGUUGACGGUCCAAGCAGCGGACAGUGGCACGCCAGCAAUGACGGCCACGGCCACCGUCACAGUCAACGUCCUACCAGCCAACGCCAAGGCACCGGUGUUUGAGCACACAUCUUACUCCAUUGUGCAAUCGGACACCGUCCAGGCCAACACGGUGCUGUUCACAGCCUCGGCCACGGGACAAGGAGCCAUCACCUACUCCCUGGCUAGCUCUCAGUCGCCGUUCAAGAUCAACUCGACCAAUGGAGCCGUGCAGCCUAAGAUACCGCUUAAUGCCGACCACCAGACUGUGUACGCGCUGUCCAUCAUUGCCACAGACACGCUCAACCUCAUGUCUACCAUGCACUUGACAAUUACGCUAACGCACAUCAACGAGCACGCGCCCGUCUUCAAUCCAGUCAACUCAUCCGCAUCCGUGAGCGAAGCCGCUUCUAUCGGAACAAGCAUCAUCACCGUGCGUGCCACGGAUCUGGACACAGGUACGGACGGCAUUCUGUCGUACAGCUUCGUCAACAACGGUCCUUUCUUGAUUGACCCGUCUUCCGGUGUCAUUGAGCUGGAGCAAAGCUUGGACAGAGAGACACGCUCCGUGUACUCCGUAGUGGUUGUGGCCAUGGAUCAGGCCGUGCCUCCAAUGGAUGCCUACUCGUACCUCACAAUCACCGUGGGUGACGUCAACGACAGUCCGCCAGUCUUCCAGUUCCCCAUCUAUAACGGCACCGUGCUGGAGAAUCAGCCGGCGGGAGCGUUUGCCGUGCGACCUGUUGCCAUGGAUGCCGACCUGAAUCCCACUCUGACGUACAGCCUGACAAACCCAAACAGUUUCUUCACCAUCAACCCUGCGACCGGCGCUGUCACCACCCUGGCUCCGCUGGACCGCGAGAAGACGAGCAAGUACGAUCUUACCGUCCAGGUCAGCGAUGGCAUCUACACGGCACUGUGCCAAGUGGACAUUGAAGUCCUCGACGACAAUGACAACGGUCCCAAGUUCUCGACACGCCUGUACGCCGCUACAAUCAGCGCCAAUGCCGAUGUUGGCACCAGUAUUGCUCAGAUGGAUGCCACUGAUGUGGACAUUGGCACCAACGGUGACAUCCUGUACAGCAUGCCAGGCUUGGUGCAGCUCCAAGAUUUCAUUGGAAUCAGCGCCACUGGCCUGGUCUCGGUCACAAACAGCCCAAUCUUAGCCGAUACCAGCGAGUUUACCUUGAUGAUCGUAGCAACUGACGCUCUAAACCUGACCCUGAAGGACACGGCUUCUCUACAGCUGGCCAUCACCGGACUCGAGCUCAACGUUGUCACCGAGGCACAGAAGGUGCCCGAGAAAGCAUCAGAGUUCUCUACGCCUCAGUUGAUAGGUAUCAUCAUCGGCGGCUGUGCUUUGCUCGUCCUGAUUAUCAUCCUGAUCCUGGUUAUACGCAGAAAGCCCAAGAAACAGAGCGGCGGCCCACGGGAGUUUGACGAUGCCAUGCAGUUUCACGCCGGUAGUGAGCAGCUGACACACGGCGGUGGUAUUCAGAACCCCAUGUACAGUGAAGGUGAUCCUGCAGAGGAAGUCAAGCACAACCCCAUGUAUGCUGAAGGCGAAGAUGAUCAGUUGUAUGACUCUGUCGGCGUCUUCAGUGACAAGACACGUGUCAUCAACUAAACAAGAACUUCGCCUUUGUCUUUUCAGGUCGCAUCCUGACAUUUUGUUUUCUUCUUUUGUGAACUCUUAGGAACACACCGUUGCACGUAUCGAGACUGGUCGAAUAGCUUUAGACAAGACGAAUUUUCUUCUUCCUGUCUUUUGAUGAAGCUUAAUUAACGCCAUCACUUAGACCAGUGUUAUUUUGAGUAAUUUCUUUUUGCACCAUUCACCUGUGACUCUUCCCUGACCACCAUCGGUGUGUACGCAUGUGGCAGGUCACACUUGCUAAGCCAAUCGCGUCAACGUCUCAUGUGUGUAUUCGCCUGAAUUCAAUUCACACCGGAGGCUGCAUGCGACACAGGAUGGGUUUUUUUAAACGUUAAGUUGAUAUUUGUUUUUGGUACACAUGAACACGAGAAUAGGAAGCACUUUUAAGCCUACAUCAGUAUAUGCUGCAAUGCAGUUCUGCAAAAUUCAUAAGCCUUUAGUUGUAGGUAUGUAACCGACCUUUUGUUUUUACUUUUGCACCUUUGAACUUUGAAAUUGGGUCUCAAUUCUGAUUUUUUAAUAUAUUUUCCGCACGACA